CAUUGCAAUAUUAUUUGUAAGAGUCGGACUUUUGUUUUUAUUACAAAUAUGGCUUUAAAAGAAAGUUCGUAUUUGGACCAACUAAGAAUAAGCUCUCCUGAAGCCGCAGAUAGAUAUUUGGACAAAAUCAAACAACUUAACUGUGAUCCAUAUGCUCUAAGUGAAGUCGAUUUUGAUUAUGGACUUACCUAUGUGCCACCAAUAGCUUCCAUGGACAUUCUGCCCUAUAUUGUUUUUACUCACAGCUUUUAUACCCAUGAACAAAUGAGAGCUUAUAAAAGUUUAGCAGCUUACAAAUAUUUCAAGUCUGGCUUUGUAGAAAAAGUGGGUUUUAAAGUUAUUAAUGAUCUGGUGCUUUUAAUAGGCAAGGUGCAGCAUUCAAUGAGAGCUAGAGAAACCAAAUUAAGAGUUUGGAUUUUCGCUGAAACAGGUGGCAGUAUUUGUACUGCGCAUUGUACUUGCAUGGCAGGUCUUGGGGAAGUAUGCAGCCAUGUUACAGCAGUUUUGUACGCUGCAGAGCAUGCAGCAUAUUUGAAGCAGCAGAAAAAUGAAAAGAAUGUAGCAUGUACAGAUGUCAAAUCAACUUGGCCAGUUCCAACGCAAAGUGGUACACAUCCAAUAGAAGCUGCUUCAUUGAAAAGUGAUUGA